AAUCCUCCUUCCCUUCAAGGAGGGUAUGAGCCCCGCUCCAUGGAGCAACCCACCCUGGGACUGCUCGAUCCUGGGAUUCCUGAUCAAGUCCUGAAACAAGCAUACGGGGAAGCCGGUACUUUUGUCAAUGAGGACCAAGUGGACGAUACAAAUGAGGUGGAAAUCAAUUCACCUGUUGGGACAUACAAUGGAGUAGGGACCAAUCGACGCCCCCGCAUCCAGCUACUAAGGGAACGCAAAAGGUCUCAGGAAGAGGUGGCGAUGGGUCUUUUUGCCAAAGAGACCGACAUCAACUGGCGUGAGCGAACUGAAGAAAGGAUGAAACUUAUGCACCGCGACUCAAAUCACCAUAUCAACACCUACAUGGAAGUCGUGAGAGAACACUGGAGGGCACUCCCCCAGGAGCAAAAGGAUGGAUUCCUCUCUCGUGCAAGAGAUAUCAUCGCAAAUCCAACCGACAGAGAUCCCAAGAAGGAGAAUGCAAAAAUUAUCAAAAAGUUUCGAGACCUUGCGAGGGUUGCCCGUGAUAAGCAUAGUGUCGCCUCUUUCAU